AUGUCCAUUUCAACCAGUUUGAACUCAGCUUCCAUUCAUUUGAGCACUAUGGACAGUCAUCCUCAGCUGCACUCACUCACUCGUCAGCCACAUUCGUCGUCAGCUGCUAUGUCCAACGACAAAGCUCAGGAGUCUUCGCCCUCCCUGCCACCUUCCUCUUCAUCGUCGACUUCGGCAUCGGCAUCUGUGUCUUCCAAGAGUUCGAGCAAGAACCCUUCCUCUUGGGACCCUCAAGAUGAUCUGCUGCUACGCCAUUUAAAGGAGGUAAGGAAAAUGGGCUGGAAGGAUAUUUCGCAAUAUUUCCCUAACAGAACUCCCAACGCGUGUCAGUUUAGAUGGAGAAGGUUGAAGUCUGGCAACUUGAAGUCAAACAAGACUGCCUUAAUCGACAUCAAUACCUAUACGGGCCCAAUCAAGAUCACCCGCAGCGAUGACACUACCAACGCUCAGCAAAAGCCUAACAAGAAGGUAGAAGAAAACGUUUUGACGGAAGAUACUGCAGAGUUCGCGACGACAUCAUCUAUCCCGAUUCCCUCCAGAAAGCCCUCGUUGCCUUCGUUUCACGCGUCCAUGUCAUUUUCUCAAUCUCCAUCGAAUAUGACCCCUACCGCGGUUGUUUCGAGCGCUGCUUCGCCCAUGCCGUUCGUUCCUCCCACACUACCGGCCGCACACCCUCAUCAUUCUCAUCAACAUCUGCACCAUCCUCAUCACAGGGCUCUGAAACCAAGAUCAAACUCUCAUUCCUUCACCAAUUCUUUGAACCAAGACCCUAUCGUCCGGCCUAAUGACGAGGAGAAGUAUGGGUUCAUUCCUAAAGUAUUCGUUAGGUCUAGAAGAAGUUCGUUUGCCUACCCACAGCAGGCAGCAAUAACCACUACUCCGUCUUCUCCAAACUCUUCGCAUGUCUUGCUAAGCUCAAAAUCAAGAAGGGGUUCACUUGCGAAUUGGUCCAGAAGAUCAUCGUUCAAUAUUUCAAGUAACAACACUUCAAGACGGUCUUCGGUCAUUCUGGCGCCAAACUCUGUGUCAAACAUCUUCAAUGUCAACAAUAGCAGCAGUAACACUGCUUCUACUUCUAAUACCAACUCAAGAAGGGAAUCUGUUAUCAAGAAGGAAUUUCAACAAAGAUUGAACCAUUUGGGUAACAGUGGAGCCUCUACCCCCAAUAGCGGAGUUAUUUUCCCCAACUCUUAUACUUUUAUGGAUCUUCCACAUUCUUCAUCGGCGUCAUCGUCAUCCACUUUGCAUAAGUUCAAACGAGGUUCGUUCUCCGGGCAUACUCUGAAGUCAUCGUGUAAUCCGUCCAUUCUGUGGUCGAAAGAUGAAGAUGCUUUGUUAAUGGAAAACAAAAAGAGAAACCUUUCUGUUAUGGAACUAUCCAUUCUUUUGCCACAGAGAACUGAAGUAGAAAUUCAAUGGAGAUUGAGCGUCUUGUCAAGCGAUGCGGACGUUCUGUCUCCUACACAUUCGCCCCAAAGAACCCUGUCCAAGAAAACUCGUCCAAGAAUGUUUAAAACCGGUUCUGCCACUGAUGAUGACAAAGGUAGCGGCAAAGACGAAGAUAUGUGUGAUGGUAGUAACGAUGACGACGAAGAUAACGUGGACCCGCUGCACCGUGCUAAACAGUCCAGUAACAAAACUGCCUUUUCAUCUAGCAGUUCCAACAUAUCCUCCAAGGACGUUUCGCCGGAUCCGAUUUUUUCACCGGAUCCAGCAGACGAUUCGUCGAAUACUUCUGAUGCUGGUUCAAGGUGCACCAUAGCCUCCGAGACUAUCUCCUCAACCGCAACCAUGAAUCGCACCCCUAACUCCAAAAACCCGCAAGAUAUCACUUUGUUAAACAACUUUCGCUCUGGAGCGAUUACUCCGAGACCGAAACCUUCUUCCACAACUACAUCUAUCACUACUGAAACCACCAAUAACAUGACAAACCAUUCCAGUUCUACAACUACUACGACUAACAACAGUCCACUGCCAAGCAUCAAUACUAUCUUCAAGGAUAUGCUGUGA